CUUCCUCUUUCUUAUAUUAACCUCGCUGUCGCUACCGUAAGUACUGUCCCUCCCUAUUUAUCGCUAAUUUUGACGCGUAGGACGAUAUAUAUCGCGUAGACGCGGUAUAUAUAUUUCGCAUAGGGGUCCCUUUCCGGCAUUUUAGCCGGAAAUUCGACCUCGCUGUCGCCCUCCCCCCUCUUCGGAAUCCCGCUCCGCCCCGGGGCAAAGAAUAGUAGGGGCCCCCGCUAGCCGAGACCGUCGGACGGCGGGGACCCUCCGAAGGGAGCCUGCGACCAUAGGAAGGGGGGACCCGUCUGUAAGGUAUGCUCGAGGCGCAGGGGUGCUAUUCUGCGCGAGACACUGCCCCUUCCGCCGGAGGCUAUUAGUAUCUUUCUUUUUAAAAACGUCGCGAAUAAACGUAUAUCAAAAAUCGUCGUCUAUACUCGUCCAAAUUCUCGUCUAAUUUCUCGUCCAAUUUCUCGUCCAAUUUCUGUCUUCCUACCUCCGUAUUCUGCAGUAGGUUGCCCUUCGCAACGAGCGUGGGGGUAAAAAGACCGUGCAUGCGACCACUGAGGGUGGACCUUGCUGCCAAAGAGUUGAGAACUGCAGCAAAGCUUGAUGCUGACGCCCAGCAGAUUAAUAAUAAUGCUCAUCAUUAUGGAGACAACAUGCAUCUGGGAUUCGCCGCGGCCGCCUUCUUUGAGGACCGGGCCAAGGCAGAUGAAGCGUCGGGCACCCUGUCCCCAGCUGAGCUCGAACAUGCAAUGUGGCGUGUUGUCUCAGAAGCACGGCUGAUGGACAAACACACAUACACCCUGCAUUCCAACACUGCUGUACUUUGA